ACAGGAGGGGGCGCUAUGCGCCUAAUCGGUGUUGGUUUGCAACACACAGAAGAAUCAGAUGUUGGCGACGCACACAGAGAAAUUGAGCUCACCGCCCGAUAUUCUGUCUUUUAGCAGUUCUGAUAUCAUGCUGGCCUUUUAAGUUGACGGACGUAUUGCCUGUGGAAACCUCUGAUUUCCUCAAUAACAUCAGAGAAAAGAGCGAAAUCAGCCGCUUUCACAGUUCGCCAGGACACGUGGUCAGGUCAACUCUCUUCAGGAAACAUUAAGGUUUGCUCAGUGUCUUCUCUCGUCUUGUUAUGCAUCAUUGAAGCUGAGCUCAAGCAUGGCUGCUGAUGAAGAGGAGCUUUCCAUUAAUGAGCAAGCCAUCAGUGCCAGUGAAGAAGAGGAGGGCAGUGAUGAUGAGAGAAAACACAAGAAGCUACUGGAAGCCAUCAGUUCUAUGGGUUCAAGAAAGAGGAAAAAGCAGAAUGAGCGUUCUGAAGCAAGCGUGCAGGUCUCCGAGUUCUUCGUCAAUGCAGAGGGUACAGGAGAGAAAGUCAACCUCUCUGACCUCCUGGGAACUGUGGAGAAGACCUCAGGAGCCUCCAACAAGACCAAGAAACAGCUGAGGAACCUGCAAAGCAGUAAAGAGACUUUGGAGCUGCCUCUCAACAAGCAGCAAACAGAGAAGAUUCAGAGAGGCAUCGCGUAUGAGAAGACCGCUGCAGAGGUGUCAUGCUGGCGGAACAUCAUAUUGCAGAACCAGAAGGCCGAACAAAUGGUGUUUCCUCUGAACCAGGAGUCCUCGGGACCUAAACGGGUCGAGCAGGUUGUGGCUGGAUGGAAGGUUCAAACUCCUCUUGAACAAGAGAUUUUCAGACUCUUGCACAUCAACAGCCAGCCUGUCGAUGACCCUGUUUUGACUCCUGUAGAGGAGCAAUCACUUAAAGCCAUGAGCUUGGAGGAGGCUAAGAUUCGUCGCGCUGAGCUUCAAAAGGCAAGAGCGCUCCAGUCGUACUAUGAGGCAAAAGCCAAAAGAGAAAAGAAAAUCAAGAGCAAAAAGUACCACAGGGUUCAGAAGAAAGCCAAGUGUAAGGAUUUUCUGAAGCAGUUUGAUGAAAUGGUAAAGACGAAUCCUGAAGGAGCUCUGGAAGAGCUAAAAAAGAUGGAGCUGUCCAGGAUGGAGGAGAGGAUGUCUCUGAAGCAUCAGAACAGUGGCAAGUGGGCAAAAUCAAAGGCCAUUAUGGCUAAAUAUGAUGAUUCGGCACGCAAAGCAAUGCAGGAGCAGCUGCAGAUGAAUAAAGACCUUACCCAGAAGAUCGUGGUGCCCUCUGAUGAUGAACAUGAAAGUAACGAGGAAGGGUUGGAGACGAUUCCUGAUUUUGUGAACGACUCUGAGCCAGUCAUUGACUCUGUCAACCCCUGGAUGAGAGGCCAGCUUACACAUGAAGAGUCUGAGGUCAGCUGUGUCACAACUGAGGAUGUGCAAACCGCAGAAGAGGAGAAUGAGGAAGAGGAACUCGUUGGAGAAUUUGAGAGGAAGAGGAAGCUGAGGCAAGCUGAUGAAGAGGACUUGAUUCCUACAGAAGAAGAGCGUAAGAGAGCAGACUUAAAGAAAAUACAACCUGCAAGCGAGGUAGUUGAAGAAGAUGUGGUUGAGGUUUCUGACAAAGAGGAGGGUGAUGAUGAUGAUGAAGAAGAAGAAGAAGAAGAGGACGUUUCGGAGUUUAACACCCUUUUCAGGCUCAUGAGGAGCGAGAAGACACUUGAGGGUUCAAAUCAGACACGAGAAGGGUUGAACACACCCGGGCAAGAAGAUGAAGACGGAUUUUUGAAUGAAGGACAGAUUCGAGUCAGGAAUAUAGAGGACCUGGAGGUUUUAGGCGAGGUUGUCGACCCCCAACCCAUUGCGGAGCCGUCACUGCCACAAGCCGUUGCUGUGGAGGCCACUUCUGAGCCACCCAAUAAAAAGAAAAGGGAAAUCGACCUCAAAGAAGUACUCACCAAAGAAGCCAAAGCCGUCAAAGUUCCCUUUUUGCCAACAGUGGUUGAUGAGGAAGAGCGUGAUGAACAGAUCUCCAUCAUCAAGGAGGCGUUUGCUGGGGAUGAUGUAAUUUCUGAUUUCAUAAAGGACAAAAGCAAACGGGAAGCUGCUGGGAGGCCUGAAGUGGUGGACCUGACUCUGCCAGGCUGGGGAGAAUGGGGAGGAGUUGGUCUCAAACCCUCCCGCUGGAAACGCAAAAGAUUUAGGAUAAAAAUGGCCCCACCUCCUCCACGGCAAGACCAGAAACUGCCUGAUGUCAUCAUAUCGGAGAACAGAAAUGCAUCAGUCGCUUCUCAUCAGGUUAGUCAGCUGCCGUUCCCUUUUCAAAACACUGCACAGUUUGAGUCUUCCAUCCGUACGCCUAUCGGCCCGACAUGGAACACACAAAGUGUUGUGAAGAAUAUGACGAAACCCAAAGUUAUCACUAAAAUGGGUGCAAUCAUUGAGCCUAUGGUCAAAGAGGACUUCAUAAAGAAUAAGACCACAACACCAGGGGGUAAAGGACCAGCAAUCAUGCUGGGAGAAAACAAACGGGCAAAAGAGGGCACAAAGCGGUCAUCGGAAAAGCAUCGAGGAAGAUCGCAGAAGAGGAGAAAGUAACAGGCAUGAACGAUCGUGUGGCUUCAGUCACUGCAUAAAUAGAUUUUAUUUGUGAAGUGUUUGAAGACGACAUCUCUCUAAUAAAUUACCAAAUUAACUUUUUGGAAUUCCUUUCAUGUCCUCAUACAUCAAUUUGUAUUUAGCAGAAUACCUAUAAUGUGUAAUAGAUAAGUUUGCUUUCUUAAAUGAAGAGUAGUUACCUUGUUUUUCUGUUCAAGUGCCCUAAAAAA